GCCCCAAACCAGGCGGAGUGUACGACCCAGCGGACAGGAUGGUACACUAGCCCUGUUCUGCCGUGAUGAGGACAGGUUGCUGCUAACUGGGAAAUACUCUCACCAAAAAAUACCCUUUUACCCUGAGUCUGCGGUGUUUAUAUGUGAGGAACUGGGUGAAAGAAAUCCCGAGUGUCAAUAAGCUGCAGAAUUGACCGCUGACCCCCCAAGUAAUGUAGGCGGACCAACAUUGCUUUGGGAGGGUGACCGGGCUGUUAUUUUGCCGCUAGUGAACGAAGCGCCCUAUCGAUGACUGGGGGCCUGUCACACGUCUCUCCGCCGUUGACGUCUUGCAGGAAAGAGGACUAGGGAUGAGAGGAGUUUGGUUGGAGUGCUCCAGAGGACGACUUUGUGACGUGACAUUUAUGGAUACGUCAGGAUGAAACGUCUCAGGUCUUCAAGCAGCAGUGACAGUUCUGACAAUGAGAGUCCUUCCACCUCAUUCUGCUCCUCCAACAAGUAUGGAAGUAAACCUGGAACCCCCGCUCCCAUGCCCAAGAAACCAGCAGAGGUGUUCAGGAAAGACCUGAUCAGUGCCAUGAAGCUUCCAGACUCUCACCAUGUCUCCCCUGAAGACUAUUACCUGCUGGGGGACACCUGGAGACAGGAGUGGGAAAAGGGGGUGCAGGUGCCAGCCUUCCCCGAAACCAUCCCACACACCUCCAUCAGGAACAUAGCGGAGAAGCCUAAGGAGGUGGUGUUCACCCUACAGAAGAGGUAUAUCCAGUGCUGGAGUCAGACCUCUACAGAGACGGGUUACGUUAACAUCAAGGAGCUGGCUGAGGCCAUGUGUUCUUAUGACCUGGAUAACAUGGACCUCUACUGGCUGCAGGCACUCAACGCUGAGCUGGAACACAUGGGGGAGGGGCCUGUAGACGAGCUGACAAUGGAGCGCACCAUGGAGGCGUUGGAGCGUCAUUGCCAUGACAACAUGAACCACGCCAUCGACACGGUAGAAGGGCUGGGCAUCGAGUACGACGAGGACGUCAUCUGUGACGUGUGUCGCUCCCCCGACAGCGAGGAGGGCAACGACAUGGUCUUCUGUGACAAAUGUAACAUCUGUGUUCACCAGGCGUGUUACGGUAUAGUGAAGGUACCAGAUGGUAACUGGCUGUGCAGGACGUGUGUCCUGGGCAUCGACCCCCAGUGUCAGUUAUGUCCCAUCAAGGGAGGGGCGAUGAAAGCUACGAGGGCGGGCACCAAGUGGGCACACGUUAGCUGUGCCCUGUGGAUCCCUGAGGUGAGCAUAGCGUGUCCAGAGAGGAUGGAGCCCAUCACCAAGGUGUCUCACAUCCCCCACUCACGCUGGUCUCUCAUCUGCAGCCUCUGUAAACUGAAGACUGGUGCCUGUAUACAGUGCUCAGUGAAGAACUGCACCGUCCCGUUCCAUGUGACGUGUGCCUUCGAGUACAGCCUGGAGAUGAAGACCAUCCUGGAUGAAGGAGACGAGGUGAAGUUCAGGUCCUACUGCCUGAAGCACAGCAAGCCCAAGAACCAGGCCUCCUCCGACCCACCAGCCCCCGGCCUCAGCCCCUGUCAACCAGCCCACAACAAGCAGCCCAAGGCAGGGGAGCCAGGCUCCGGUCUCAGCCCCUCUGAGCCAGCCCACAACAAGCCGCCCAAGGCAGGGGAGCCAGGCUCCGGUCUCAGUCCGGCCCGGCCCAAACCUCCCGUAGACCCAGAGAGGGGUGGCCUAAGGGCCCAGAGGUUACUAGAGCUGGAGGAGGAGUUUUCUACUCUGAUUCACCCGGAGGAGCUGGCCCUGAACCUGGGUCUCCCUCCCACCUUGCUGGACUUCAUCUACCAGUACUGGAAACUGAAGAGGAAGAGCAACUUCAACCGUCCUCUGCUGCCCCCUGGUGAGGAGGAGGAUAACUUGCUGCUGUUGCCUCAUGAAGACAGCAUCCACACACGAAUGAGGAUGUUCAUGCAUCUCCGACAGGACUUAGAGAGGGUGAGGAACCUGUGUUACAUGGUGAGUCGGAGGGAGAAGCUAAAACUGUCUCAGAGCAAAGCCCAGGAACAGAUCUUCAACCUCCACGUCAAACUGCUCAAUCAGGAAAUCUCCGCUGGUCUGCCGGUGGACAGCAUGUUGUUCCGGCCUCCUCCCAGAAUCACCCUGAAGCUGAAGAUGCCCAAAGUGUCGCUGGGUAACGGGAAGACCGGCUUCAAGUCAGGAAACGGCCCCCUGUGUCCAGAUAACAGCGGGAAUGUUCACGAACGUAGUGGUGGAGGGAAGGGGCUGGGGAAGGAAGGAGGGGGGCUGGGGAAUGAAGGAGGGGGGCUGGGGAAGGGUAAAGGAGGAGGUAAGCCUCAGCUCCAUGGGCGAGGCAAGAGAGAGGAGCUCUCCAAUGGCAUUCUACUGUCAACCUCUACCUCAGGUCAGUCAUGUAGAGAAGGUAGUACCACCAUUGGACCAGCACUGACCAACAGCAUGUCCAGAGCCUCAGCCCUGCCUAUCAAAUCUACUGGCAAGCCCCUGACUGGCAAAACCUUACCGGGUAAACCUCUGGCGCUCCCAGUCCACUCCUCCUCCAAUGGAAAUGUUAAACUGGACCCAGACAGAGUUGGGCACGUCCCCAAAUCCAACGGUGUGACGGAGAAGAUGGUGGUCGUGACCCAGAAGGACACCGCUUGUCAGACCCCCAGUGAACAGGAAGCUGGUGAGGGGUCAGGGGGCAAGGGAAGCCAGUCAACCAGCUUCAGGAGGUCAACCAUGGAGCACUUCAACCGGUCGUUCAAGGAGGCGACGGUCAGCUUGGUGCGGACCACGGAGGACCUGCGGGGGGACAAGGUGUCCCAGGGGGGUAAAGGCACCAGAUCAGCCAAGGACCGAACCUGGGCCAAACCACUUCCUGGAGUCCCCCAGGGACUCGGUGGUACCAGACCACCACCCUACCAGGAGACGGACGGAUACUGCCCUGACCUGGAACUCAGUGACUCGGAGCCAGAGGCUAAAGGUCAGAAGUGGAGGCAGGGUAGGGGUGACUCGGGGGGCCAGGCAGGAGGAGACUACAGCAGGGGGAACAGCAGAGGGAAACAGGGCCUGGGGGGGUCCAGUAAGACCUCAGCACAGAGGUGACAUCCCUGACCCCUCACCUACUGUAGACACUGGCCCCAGCUCUGUCACUCCCUCUCUGACCACUGGAGCCCAGACCAGACCAGCCAUAGAGCAGCAGGGGCCAAUGGCAGCCAUCUAUUGGUCAACUGGGACCAGGGCCCCCUACACUGGCUGGGGCAUCCAUCUAUUGGUCAACUGGGACCAGGGCCCCCUACACUUGCUGAGGCAUCUAUCUAUUGGUCAACUGGGACCAGGGCCCCCUACACUGGCUGGGGCAUCCAUCUAUUGGUCAACUGGGACCAGGGCGCCCUACACUGGCUGGGGCAUCUAUCUAUUGGUCAACUGGGACCAGGGCCCCCUACACUGGCUGGGGCAUCCAUCUAUUGGUCAACUGGGACCAGGGCCCCCUACACUGGCUGGGGCAUCUAUCUAUUGGUCAAUUGGGACCAGGGCCCCCUACACUGGCUGGGGCAUCCAUCUAUUGGUCAACUUGGACCAGGGCCCCCUACACUGGCUGGGGCAUCUAUCUAUUGGUCCGCUGAGACGCAUACAGACAGGAGCAAAGGACUGAUGCAUGGCGGGCGUCCUAGCCCAGAUCAUCACCUCAAUGGGACUCCGACAUGGACCUUCUAUCUCUCUCUCUCCGACAUGGACCCUCUAUCAAUCUCUCCCCGACAUGGGGACCCUCUAUCUCUCUCUCCCCCGACAUGGACCCUCUAUCUCUCUCUCUCCGACAUGGACCUUCUAUCUCUCUCUCUCCGACAUGGA